CCCUGCCUUGUCCGGAUCAGAUCAAUCAUAUGCAUCCACUCCCAUGCAUCUCCUCGCAGGGCAAGAACAAGAACCAAGAAGAAUCAGUACGCAACGCGGCGCCCAUAAUUCUCCUCAAUUAUUGGACGGGCCAUCGUCUCCUCCUCCUCCUCCUCCUCUCAAGGAAACCGAGUCCCACCUCAUCCAAAUCCACACUCAUUCCCUCGUACGCAACGACCCUGAAAUCAUUCCCUGUGUAAACAUGACACGAGCUUUCUUGUCGCUGCGGUCUUCUCCAGUUCCCCAGCUCCAGAAGCAUUCAUCAAAUCCCUUAUCUGCGAUUGCGACGCCUCCACACGCUUCCUGCCCAUCAUCAUACCUCUCUGCCUUUAUAUAUAUAUAUCUCGAGAAUUCAAUUCACUCAGCUGUAGAUCCCCUGCUCCUUUGGUUGAUUUGCAGUAGCUUUCGAGAAAUGGAGCUGAGAGAGAUCGGGUUCACUCUGCCGCCGGGGUUCAGGUUCCACCCGAACGACCACGAGCUGGUGUGCCACUACCUCUCCAGGAAGGUCAGCGACCAGGAAAGGACCAUGGUGGAGGUCGACCUGCACGUUCAAGAACCGUGGGAACUCCCAGAUGCGGCUAAGCUGGGCGCCGACGAGUGGUACUUCUUCAGCUUCCGCGACCGCAAGUACGCGACCGGAUCGCGAACGAACCGCGCGACCAAGUCGGGCUACUGGAAAGCCACCGGGAAGGACCGAGCGGUCAGCGACCCGGCGACGGGCGCCGCGGUGGGGAUGAGGAAGACGCUGGUGUUCUACAGAGGAAGAGCCCCCAACGGGGCGAAGACGAAUUGGGUGAUGCAUGAAUUCAGACUGGAGACGCCUCGAUCUGCACCAAAGGAGGACUGGGUCCUGUGCAGAGUUUUCGAGAAGAGGAAAGGGGAAAGAGAUCAAGGAGGGGAGUCGGCCACGGAGGGAACGCCGACGAGCUCGAGGUGGGGGGAGGAGGAGUGGCUUGGAUUGCUGUUGGAGUGGGGGACGAUGGAGAACGGAGCUCGAGCUGGGGAAGGAGGAAUUCUGACUGUGUAACGGAAGCACGAACUGUAGAUUUGGUGUAAUAAUUGUUAGCGCGUAGGUUUGGUUUAAUUCAUGAUUAUCUGCCUUUUUUUUAAUUAAGAAUUCUUAUUUAAUUUAGUAUUUUUAUUUACUAUUUAAAUUGAAAUAAAAUGAAUAAAUUGAAAUACACAUCGUCGUUUUGGUUCGGGGAGGUUUAGCUCUUUAGAAGCGAUCGAUCUCGUAGAUCCGUCGAUCGAAUCAUUCUCCGCCGGCGAUUCCUCCUCCUUGCCUGGCUGCCCGACCACCUGCGGCGAAGUCCGCAUUCGCUACUCCUUCGGCGUCGGCCCCAAUUGCUAGGGCGGAUUCCGCCGACGAAGGCGACGGCUUCGUCGCCUACAAGCCUUUCCUCGCAGCUGCCGAGGUAAUCGACGUAACCCUAGCUUCCAGCUAGGCACGCAUCUGCAACCAACAGAUGCCGGAAACCGCCUCACCAACAUCGGGCGCGACACCUUCGCCUACAUGGAGGGCCUCAAGGAGCGGCGGUGGAUAUCAGACCGCCCUCGUCGACGAGUGAUUCGAGUUCAGCGCCUCCUGCGUUACUUCAAACGAUCUCAUUCGAACUCCGGGCGUGCGUGCUCAGCUCAUGCUGGGCUGGUCGAUCGGAGGAGUGUGUGGACUCCAUCAGUGACCCAGGUUGCCUCUGCAACUUCUCCACUGAUUGUCAGGGGAGGUACUACUUCAGUCAUGGAUGCCAAGGUCUAUAUUGUUUGAUUUGUCUCUCAUAACUUGAGGUAUUUGUCAAAAUUCUAAACUUGACCUUGAUGAGUGCAAAGACAAAGAGGAUUGUCCAUGCUUUGGAGUAUGUACAAACAAAUCAGGGGGAUACAGCUGUGUUUGCUCACCAGGGAAGCAGGGAGAUCCUUUCACUGAUGGGGUUUGCUAUCGCGAGAGCCUUUCCUUGGCAAUGAAGUUGCUUAUUGUUGUCCUGGGUGGUAGCUUGUCAACUCAAACUCACUUGAUUUGCAAUUCUGCUGACUCGACAUUAUAUGAUUCGCAGAUCACAGUUGUUGAUUGUUCCCACCCCCCUAAAGGAGUCAGCUUUUGCCUUGUCCUACUGUUUGGUUUUAUUAUUAACAUCAUGCAUGAAAGAGGAAAAAAUCCAAAGAAUCAAAGACGUAUUUUUCAAGCAAAAUGGCGGACACUUGCUUACUUGAAGAAAUGAAAUUGCAACAAGGUAUUUGAUUAGAAAUUUUUACUAGAGAAGAACUAGGUCAAGCAACAAACAAGUUCAACAAGAAUCACAUUAUUGAGGCUGGUGGUCAUUGAACGGUAUACAAAGGAAUCCUGAACGAUAAUUGGACUGUGGAAAUAAAGAGACCUAUGAUCAUAGUAAAGCUUUUGGACUGUUGCCUGGAAGUGGAACACCAAUGCUGGUCUUAGAGUUCAUCCCCAGUGGAACCUUAUUUCAGUUUAUUCAUGAAAGUAGCAGAAAUCAACCACUUCACUAGAAACUUGUCUAAAGAUUGCACUGGAGUCUGCAGAAGCACUUGCCUAAUUGCAAUUGUUCGCUCUCCUUGGAUAAUUCAUGGUGAUGUGAAAUUUUCUAACAAAGUACUGACGAAUGAGACUCAGUUUGCCACAUUGGUAGAAGGGAUUUUUGGCUUCCUAGACCCUGAAUAGCUAUGAACAUGUCAAUUAAUUGACAAGGAUGAUGUUUAUAGUUCUGGGUGGUUCUUCUGGAAGGGAAGAAAGUGAUCUAUCUUGAAGAGUCUGGAGCAGAGAGAAGUCUUUCUUUGAGCUUCAUAGUGGCAAUGAAGGAGGGUAGAGUUGCUGAGUUUUUCGCUCAUCAAGUCAGAAAAGAUGCAGAAGCACAACUUCAAGAGUUUGCCAAGUUAGUUGUGCAGUAUCUUAGUGUUCUUAGGAGAAGAAAGGCUUACGACAAAAGAGGUGGCAGAAGAGCUUUCAAAAUUUAGAAAAUUGAAUCAGAAAUCCAAGGCACAGCAAAUCAUGGUCAAGACUCAGACUCAAAUGCAUCCAUGGCUACCUAUGAAUUGUAUAACAAACAAUUGUGGAGACGCUGACAGAAUAGUAUAAAUCCUCAUUCUGGUCCAGUCCUCACGAUGAUCAAAUUUAGAAGUUUUCCAUCAAAAACCAAUGAAAGAAAUAACAAUAUUGGAGGGCCAUUAGAAGGAUUUCCAUACAUGGGUUUAUAAAUUGUGUCAUUGAACACGAAACAGUGGGUCUUUAGCUUACAAACUAACAUACUGCAGCCUCAUGCUGCUGUAGCAACAUCGUCUGUUUCCUCACAUCAUGAGGUCAAACAGGGGAAGAAUCCGGUUCAAACAAUGGCGGGCAGCAUCUUCUGAACAUUCCACAGCAGCAGAGACACCACAAGCUGCAUAUUUGGCAGAAGAUCAAAUCAAAUUUUACAUGGCACAGGCCCAAGGCUGCACCUCAAAGGACACACUCACCAUGAAUCCAGUAAGCCAUGGGGGGACGGUGCAGGUGCCGGAGGAAGCAGUGGCACCUCAGGAUGAGAAAAUGGUGGUGGUGGUGGGGGAGAAUCCAUUGCCACACACGGGAAAUCACCAACUAACCUAACCCUCCGUAGUGUGUAAUAUGGCACUCCAGCUAACAGUCAGAUCAGUGCUCCAAGAACGAGAGGCAAACAAACAGUCAGCUGUGAGACUAAAGAAAACGGUUUAAUGUGCCAGUCUAUGAUGUUUCAAUGAUGGAUAGAUAGAGUUGAUUUUAGAAAUUCAGCUGAAAGACAUUAUGUUUUGAGGAAAAUAUCGUGUUAUGGAAUCAUUUUAGUUUUUUUUUUU